AAUAAUGUCACAGAGACGUGUUCUCGUUAUUGUAAACGAAAGCAGACAAACAACUCCGUUGUCUCCAUUUAUGGAGUCCCUUUCAAGAAUGUGUCAAGAAAAGGAACAAAGCUGUAGGAUUGGUGGUGGUAGUAGUCGCAGUGGCAGUAAAAGAAAAAAAAAUGGUUCAACACUGUGAAAUUGGAGCAAGAGGGAAGAAAAUGGAGCCAUCCCUCAACCCCAACAAGGUAAAAAUUGUGACCUGAGAAAGAAGAAGAAGAGAGAGAGAAAUAGGGAGAGAGAGGGGUUCCAUGGCUACAGCUAGCCCUAGCGUCAAUCGAUCAUCACCAAUAAGCAUUAUAGCCAAAGACCAUCUUUUCUCCAUCUUGUUAUUGCUGCCCAUAGAUUCAAUCUUGAGCUUUGCGAUGACUUGCAGGAGGUUUAAGUCGCUGUCUUGCUCUGAUUCCCUCUGGGAAUCCAUCUGCAGGAGGGAUUGGGGCCAGUCCUCGGUGGAUGCACUCAAACCCUUUCUUGAAACCAAGCAGGGAAUCUCUUGGAAAAACAUUUACCAUCAAAUUCACCAGUUGGAUUCUCUGUGUUGCAGCAGAAUCUUGAGUAAUCCCCAGACUGAGGAGCUGCUUCCCAGGCCCAGGGCUUCUCAUUCCCUCAACUUUGUUUCCAAUUGCCUGGUUCUCUUUGGUGGAGGUUGUGAGGGAGGUCGGCAUCUUGAUGAUACAUGGGUAGCGUACAUAGGUAGUGACUUCCGGAAAAUAGUGAAGUGGAAAAAGAUAGAUUCAGGCAGUCCAAGUGGGCGGUUUGGGCACUCGUGCAUAGUCAUUGGCGAUUUUCUGGUCCUCUUUGGAGGGAUCAACGACCUUGGGGUGCGCCAAAACGAUGCGUGGGUGGGGCAAGUAUCGUUACAUGAUUCGUGUGGUGUUACGUUGUCUUGGAGAUUACUUGAUGUGGGCACAGCUAUUGCUCCCCCGCCUCGAGGGGCUCAUGCUGCUUGUAACAUUGACAAAACGAGGAUGCUAAUUCAUGGAGGCAUUGGCUUGUCUGGCCACAGAUUAGGCGAUACUUGGGUUGUGGACUUUUCGGAAGAUCUUCACUUUGGAGUGUGGCGAGAAAUAGUAACCCACCCAUUCCCUCCAUCGCGUUCUGGGCAUACGUUAACCUACAUAGGAGGAAACCAAAUCAUCCUGUUUGGAGGGCGAGGAGCAGGGUACGAGGUGCUCAAUGAUGUAUGGCUCUUUGAUGCAUCUGAAGGCCAUUGGAGAUGGGUACAGUUAUUCUUUGACUUGCAAAAUAUACCCCACGGUUUGGCCCUCCCUCGCGUUGGUCACUCUGCCAAUCUCAUCUUAGGCCGAAGACUUCUGAUCUAUGGAGGAGAAGACUCGUAUAGACAUAGAAAAGACGACUUUUGGGUGCUGGAUAUCAGCUCAAUGUCGGGUAUUAAACUGCAGCCUGCUGUGACUCCGAAUCCAAAGAAACCGAUUUCUAAAGUGUGGAGGCAGCUGAGGGCAAAGGGCGAUAAACCCGACCCCAGAUCAUUCCACCGCGCCUGUGUGGAUCAUUCGGGCCGUUACCUUUACAUCUUUGGUGGAAUGAUAGACGGCUUACUUCAGCCUGCAGAAUCAUCCGGUUUAACAUUUGAUGGAGGGCUAUUUCUCCUCGAGAUUGUGCUGCAGUGCUAAGAAAAGCUUGUAAAAGUGAUGUUAUUCUGAUCUAGAGAUGUUAAUCCUAAGAAGCUUGUAAAUGUGGUGUUUGUGGUAACCUAAAUGAAGACAGAACCAGAAAUUGGAAAGGCACAACAGUUUUCUUUUCCUGGGAAAAAUUUGCAGGUGAGCUUAGAUGCA